AUGACAUCUGAAGAAGCACCCGAGUAUACGAGCGAGCUCAACGUCCUGAGCCCAGUAUCUCCCAAACCUGUCCAUUACCCAGUGCCAUCUAACAUUCCUGUCCUUGAGAACCAAAUCGACCCCGUCUUUAACCAGACUGGGACACACAUGGUUGAUCCCCUCGCUCAACAGCUCCCGCCUCCCAUGUAUCUCGACCAGCAAGCUGCCUCCUACACCCACAACCUUCAUCAACAGCAGCAGCAACCCGCCCAAAAUGACCACUCUCAUUCUCAAUCUAACCACCCUGAAGCCUACAUGACUCAACAGGCAGGUCAAGUAGGGCAGGGUCAAACCCAAGCUUCCCAGGCGCAGGAUCAGGGCCAUCAAGCUUAUCAUCAGGCGCAAGAGCAUGCAUCGAUUGGAACGGAUAGUCAGACCAAUCAAGUUCCUCCUGUCGUUCAUUAUGACGAGAAGUUCUCUUACCAACCUGCUGCCCCUGGCGUUGUCGCUUCCUCUGACGCCUCUGCCACUGCAUCUGUUCCAUCUGACCUCCCUUAUCCUUCUACUGCUGCCCACCAUCUUCCUGCCUUGUCAAACCAGUCCAACAACGAAGCCUCUUUCCAGAGCAAUUCCUUCCAGCCUCACAGCCAAAGCAACGUCAACGCGUCUGAGCACCCUCCAGGUGUCGAUGCCAAUAGUCUGCAAAACCUGCUCAACAACUUGUCAAAUCCCAGCCAUAGUCAGGCUCAGUCCGCUUCUCCAUCCUCUCAGGUCGCACAACCCACAUCCGGUGCUACAAACACAGCAUACGCUGCUCAACAUGAGCAAGCCUAUCCAUCCUACACGAACAACCCUCAAACUCAGCAAUCGCAGCAGCAACAGCCAAACGGAGGGCACACAACCAGCAAUGUAAGAGUAGGAGCCAAUGGUCUGCCACCUCCACCCGUAGCCUCAUUCCAGCAAGGCAUGAAACUUGAGAGUCAGCGCGAGAGGAAGCUAGCAACAGGAGAAGCUCUAGACGAGGAUGAUCAGCCAUGGACACCCGAGAUUCAGCAGCGCUACGACAAGUUUCUUACUGAGGAAAGAAAGUAUGUGACUGAGGGCAAUUGGGAACAGUUUCCUUAUGGAUCGAGGUUGUUCGUGGGAAACCUCUCGAGUGAGCGCGUGACGAAGCGCGACAUUUUCCACGUCUUCCACAAGUAUGGUGAUCUGGCCCAGAUCUCCAUCAAGCAGGCGUAUGGUUUUGUACAGUUUCUGGAAUCUGGUGGUUGCUCAAAGGCCAUCAAUGCGGAGCAAGGAAAGACGAUCCGUGGCAAGAAGAUUCAUCUCGAGGUUAGCAAGCCUCAGAAGAACCGCAAUCCCGAUCCUCGCGCUCCUCGUCGUUCACGUUCGCCCGAAACUGGCCGAGCUGGCAGCUCAUCGGUAAUCCCAGAUCGCUACUUGCCAGGCGAUAGAAGAGCAGAAAGAGAUAGGGAUAGGAACAGAGACAGAAGGUCUCGCGAUUAUCGCCCUGGAAGAUCGCCUUCGCCGCGGUCUCCCAGGUCUCCUAGAUCGUACCGUGGCCGUGAUCGAAGCAGAGACAGAUAUGACGCUCGUUACAGGAGCAGGUCAAGAACACCGCCCUAUGGCAGUCGCGGUGGUCGCUUCCGCAGUCCCAGUCCUCCAAGACUUUCGAGACGCAACAGCGACGACGAUCUGCCGCUGCCACGAAGAGCUCCACGCGAUGUGCCAGACGUGCAAAUCAUUGUUCUGGAUGAUCUCGAUCGCAACUUCAUCGCCUGGUUGGAACACUCCUUCACACUCCAGGGCAUUCGUGUCGACGUUCUGCUUCUAUCUCCACGUCUAUCGGAAGCUGCAGUCGUGCGCCGUCAGAUCCUAGAAGGUGUUCUCGCUGUCUCGCGCAUCACCCGCAUCAACCAACAAACAGCCAAGAUACCCCUGCAGAUCUUUGAUCGUCGUGCUGGCAUUGAGAAUGUUCGCUUCGACGAGUAUGACAACCUCGAUCCUACUAUUGCUGCUCAAUUGGUUCUGCGCGCAAAGGCUGCUCCUGCCUAUGCGCCCCCUCAGCCUGUACCUGCCCCAGUGCAGUAUGGUUAUGGCGCAGGCGUCACUACUGCCGCUCCCAACCUAUCUAAUCUUAUCACUUCUCUUGAUCCUACUGGCUUGCAGAAGCUGCUUGGUGUCAUGCAGCCACCUGGCAUCCCAACUGGCCCACACCCUGGCCUUCCUCCUGCCACAGCCUUGACACCAGACUUGGCCAAACUUCUGGGCAAUGCGGCUGCAGUGCGCCCACCGCCACCUCCGUUACCUUCACCAGGCAUUCGUACACCUGGUCUUCAGUCUCCACCUUCCUACGCUCAGCCGCCUCACCCUCAGCAGGAUCCCCUCGCUGCUCUGAGAAACAACCCUGCACUGGCUAGCUUACUCGCUCAGCAACAGCAACAGCAGCAGUCGCCUCAAAAUAUCAACAUCCCUCAUUUGGGUGUCCAGACGCCUGAUAUACGCUCUCCUGUUCAACCUCAGCGACCACAAACUUUGCCCAAUCCUGGACAACCUGAUAUGGCAGAUAUUCUUGCCAAGCUCGGUUCAUACAGGCGGUAG